AUGACGAGUCUAUUGAAGGGCACCGCUUUCAUUACAGGGGCAGCAUCUGGAAUUGGACAACAUACAGCACGCAGUUUUGCCAAGUAUGGCAUCCAGCGCCUAGCCUUGGCCGAUAUCAAUACGAAACUGCUAGACAGCUCGAUAAAGUCGUUGCAAAAACAGUUUCCUGGGAUUGAAGUGUUGCCGCUGCAAAUGAACGUGCGGAAGGCCAGCGAGGUAAAGUCCGGCAUCGCCGAGACGGUCCAGCGCUUCGGCCGCCUGGACGUGGCGGUCAACAAUGCCGGCAUUGGCGGGACGGGGGUUCGCACGCACGAGGUCGACGAGGAGGAGUGGUCGACCGUUCUCGACGUUGACCUACACGGCGUGUGGAGGUGCCAAAAGGAAGAGCUCGCCAUCAUGCUCGAGCAGCAAGAUUUUGGCUACAGGGAGGGCCGCGGCCGUAUCAUUAAUGUUGCCUCCAUGUACGGCGUCAUUUCUCCCCACAUGAGUAUACCCGCAACAGCAUAUACUGCAGCAAAGCAUGGUGUAAUUGGCUUGACGAGAGGAGACGGUAAUGGAUAUGCUCAGCACGGCAUCCGAAUAAAUGCCAUAUGUCCUGGCUUCAUUGAGACACCCUUAUUGAACACUUCUGGCGGAAGUGAUGCGAAUUCGGUGCUCGGCAAGGAAGUGAGAAAGGCACCAAUCCAACGUAUAGGUAAGAUGGAAGAGAUUGGAGAUGCCAUUACAUUUCUUGCAUCACCGCUGGGCAGCUUCAUGCAGAGCGCCGCUUUGGUAGCCGACGGCGGGUUCAGCACGCAGUAG